AUGGACGGCAGCUGGCCGGGUGUGUUCUACACGAACCAGCCAGCGGAGUUGAUGGGCAACGGCAGUUGGCCGCUGCCGUCACCACCACUAUUGCAGCAGCAGCAGUGGUGUGAACCUCCUGUGGAGCGCGGUAGCUGCGGCGCUGAAGAGGAUACGUUGAUGGCGCGCAGCACGCCCAAUGUGUGCGGCGAUGUGUUCCUAUCCGCCGAGGAUGAGAAUGGCAACGACAACGAGGAGGAGGCGAGGACACAUCCGGCGGUAUACGUAUGCCCAGCUGCAGCUGAUGCCGCGCGAAAUUCAUCGCGUGAGUUGCUGCAGCUCUUGAUGAUGAGGGGAAGCGCGACACAACUCCCGCUGGCUGUGCAGCAGCAGCAGCAGCAACUGAGUGCUCCGCUCGCCAUCACGUGGCACACAACGCCGUCGCCGUCGUCUGGGCCAUCGUCUUUUGUGCCGCUUCCGCACAAAAAGCGCAUGCGCGAGGUGGCGGGAUUUGUGGACGCCACGUUGGACGAUGGUGCCGGCGCCGUGGCGAAGCGGUGGCGGGCUGAUGACCACGAAGUGAUGGUGGUGUCCAGGGAAGCAGAGCAGCAGCAGCAGCAGCAGAAGCCAUUUGUCUUGUGCUUGCUGCCGUUGGUGGAUCGUAAGCGGCGGCGCGAGGAGGUGGUGGAGCCAGUGGCGGCGACGGAAGCAUUGGUGGAUGCACCGUCGUUUGAGCAACAGCGGCGUCGCCGGCUUUAA